UUGUAAACAAUCAUGUGCUACUCAAUGUGAUCGGCUUUUAUGCUUUAACUUUUACCAGUUUCUCUACAAUAUUUUGUAUAAUAUUUACUAUUAACUUGAUUGAAUACAUGCUUAUUUUUAUAUCGUAUAAAGAAGUUGCUUAGUGAAAAUUUGAAAUAAAAGCUGACUUUGCAAAUAAUUUUAAUAAAAGUGCACAAAAUUGAAACUUUUUUUGGCAAAACAUAUCACACUUAGGAAAAGAGGCGAAAUAAAAAGAAAAAAAAUCGAUACAUUAGUCUUCAAAUCAUGUCGUAUUUUCAGUAUUCCCGAUUCUUUAAAACUGCUUGUGCAUUUUGUCGUUUUCGAUCUCUCAGUUUUUCUGCUCAUUUAAAUUGUUCCAAAGGUGAUCCACCAAAAGUCAAUCUAAAACAUUUAGUUGAAGGCUCAGCUUCUUUCACAGAAAGGGAUCCUGAAACCGAUCAAUGGCACACACCAGUUUAUCCUAAGAAAAGACUUCAGUCAACAAAGUCAUUUCGCCCUAAUGUUGAUCCUACCACUACGUCUGUUAUUUUAUUUCCCGGCCAGGGUUCUCAGUAUGUCGGAAUGGGGAAAUCACUUUUGGAAUAUCCUCAAGUAAAAGAAAUGUUUGAUUGUGCUAGUGAAAUAUUAAAGUAUAAUUUACUUGAUCUCUGCAUGAAUGGACCUGAAGAUAUGUUGAAUAUGACUGUGCAUUCACAAGUGGCAGUUAUGGUUGCUUCAUUGGCUGCUAUUGAAAAAUUGAGAGUUGAAUCAGAAGAGAUGAUAAACAACUGUGUGGCAACUGCUGGUUUUAGUGUUGGAGAAUAUAGUGCCCUAGUCUUUUCUGGAGCACUUGAAUUUGAAAAUGCUGUUCGACUUCUCAAAAUCCGUGGAGAAGCUAUGCAAGCAGCAUCAGACGCAGAACCUAGUGGCAUGAUGACUGUUUUCUUGUCGCCCGGGGCAAAAAUCAAACUGGCAUGUAAGGAAGCCAGAGAGUGGUGUGAACAACAAACAUUAUUCGAUGCAGAGUGCAAAGUUGCCAUAUAUUUGUUUCCAGACUGCAAAGUUGUUGCUGGCCACUUAGAAGCUCUCAAAUUUUUGGAAUCGAAUGCCGCGAAAUAUGGAAUAAAGAAGCUGAAGUAUUUACCUGUAAGUGGUGCAUUUCAUACGAAAGUGAUGAAGCCAGCAAAGCAAAUUUUACAAAAAGCUUUGAAAGCAACACCAUUCGAAGUGCCCCUCAUUCCGGUGCACUCGAAUGUCGAUGGCAAUCCUUAUGGGAACGUCGAUCAAAUACGCAUGAAUUUAGCAGAACAACUUUGCAAGCCAGUUCGAUGGGAACAGAUAAUGCACAUCAUCUUCGAAAGAAGUCAAGGAAUGAAAUUCCCCAAUGUCUUUGAAUGUGGACCAGGAACAUCGAUGAAGACCAUAUUACGCAUGAAUAAUAGAAUAGCUUAUGAUAAUUGUAAGAGUAUAUUGGCAUGACCUUAAAAUUUUUUUUAAAUGUACAUAAAUUAAUUGAAUUGUAAAUAAUAAAUUUAUAUAUUAGUA